AUGUCAUCAGGAGUCGAGUCCCAAAAACCCACCUCGCUCGCCGAGAAGCUUGCGGCAUCCGCCCGACAGUCUCAGCAGACCUCGAUCAACCAAGCUGGUGGUGCUCAAGGAAAAGCUCUCGGCUCGCGACCUCUGCAGUCUGCCGGAUCUGGCAACAUUCCUGCCAGACUCGAAGAGGCUCUUGAUGUCGAAGGUGACAUCCCUAUCAACGAGGUAGAGGUCGGAGGCACCCCUUUGCUCAAGAUCCUCAAACACUCUACCGACCCCAGCGGCUCCAACUCUUCUUCCAACCCCAGCCCCGUCGACGCUGUGGGUCUCUUGCUCGGAUUAGAUCUCAGCGGAGUUGCCGAGAUUGUGGACAGCUAUCCUCUUCCUGGAGGCGUUCAGGGAGCCUUGAACGCUGUCGGAACCGGUGCUGAUACUGAAAAGACCCCCUUCGCUCAAAACCUUCUGCGACACUUGCGGGAAGUCGCCCUGCUCGACUCUCCCAUCGGGAUCUACCUCACCCUUCACUCCCCUACACUCUUCUCGACUCUUAUCUCCGAGACCUUUAAUCCCUCUUCGACCAUCUCGGGAAGCAAAGACCCUAACAACCAAAACUUGGCCGGCUUGGCCCCCGGAAGUGGGUUCUUGAUCAAGGGUAUUAUCGAACUCAUGGCCGCUGUGGAGAGGAUGGGAGGAAAUCGGGGGUCGAGUGGAAAAGGUGGUAGCAGGGCUGUGCUGAUUGUUCACGACGCCGCCCGAUCUUCCGCUGGUGACGUCUCGAUCAAGGCAUACAAGUUUUCCGACGGAUUCGCUGCUGCCUUGAGGAAGCAAAAGUUCGACACUCAAAGCUUGAUCGAACACCGUCUUGCUCCUUCCACUAUCCUUCAGCCUCUGAAGCUUCGAACCAAGAACCCUGCCCUUCUCAACGCUCUCUUUGCCGAGAUGUCCACCCCGGCCGAUGCCUCGCCCUCUUUGCGAGAGGCCAAGAACACCGUCCUCCCCUCGACAUUCCUCCCUCUCCAAAACACCACCGCUACAUCUCUUCCCCUGUCUUUGAGCAACACCCUCUCUCAAUUGACCAACCUAUCGACCGAGCAGAACAAUCUGGCCUACCAGUUGCGUCAAGUUGGACGAGAGAAGAGCAAGCACGACCAAGCCGUCCAGAGCAGGCAGCAGGAGAAUGAGCUGAGAAAGAAACAGGGGCUUGCGCCUCUGCCGGAUGUCGCGGAACCUCCUGCUCGCAAGAUCCAGGACCCCAGCCGUUUGGACUUGAUGUUGUGCCUAGGAGCCGUAGAUAACGCCGCGAAAGGUCUGGCUGCCGAGGCCGGAAAGGGUUUGGUCAAGGCGUUUGCGAGCGGUUAG